AUGGUUUGGUCAAAAAUUUCAUUAGCACUUCUGUUUGUUCUGUUUGCACAAUUAGCUGCACAAAAUACACGAUCAUGUCAUAUGUCUGUAAUGGUUGGUCAGCAGUUUCAAUGUGCUAAUACAACUUGUUUACCAUUCGCUACUGUCACUGUUUUGGAUGUUCAUGCUUGUCAAAUAAUUUGUCUGACUGAAGACCAUUGCCAAGCAGCUAGUUUUCAUCGGUUAACUUCAAAUUGUGAACUAUUUUAUGGUGUAUCGGAUAACAAUACUAAUAUGUUGGCUAAUGAACAGACUACAACGAUGAUGGUCAUUUCUAACACACGAAUAGUAUCAGUGACUACUGUCAAUAGUGUAUGUCUUAAUCAAACAUAUUAUUCAACUGGCUCUUAUCCGAUAGCAGUAGCAAUAGGCGAUGUUAAUAAUGAUAAUAAACGUGAUAUUAUAGUUGCAGACUAUAACUCAAAUACUGUCGGUGUUCUGAUCAAUAGAAACAAUGGUACAUUUUUUCCUGAAACUUCUUAUUAUAUCGGUGCUUUUGCAAUCUCAAUUGCAUUAGCUGAUAUGAAUAAUGAUAAUUAUUCCGAUAUUAUCAUUGCAUGUUAUAAUUGGAACUAUAUUAAUAUUCUAAUUAAUGCAGGCAAUGGUACAUUUCUUCCCCUUCAAAAUUACUCAACUGGUUCAUCUCCGUAUUCAGUAGCGGUAGCUGACGUGAAUAACGACAAUAAACCUGAUAUUAUUUCUGGAAAUUAUGGUUCAAACAAUGUUGCGGUUUUACUCAAUACAGGUAAUGGUAUUUUUCUGAAUAAAACUACAUAUUCCGUUGGUACUUAUCCACGAUCAAUAGCAGUAGUUGAUGUCAAUAAUGAUAAUAAUCCCGAUAUUAUUGCUGCAUGUUAUGGUUCAAACAAUGUUGUUGUUCUUUUCAAUACUGGUAACGGUACUUUUUUGCCUCAAACAUCAUAUGCUGUUGGAAGUUCUCCAUACUCCGUAGCCGUAGCCGAUAUUAAUAACGACAACAAAGCAGACAUCGUCGUCGCAAAUUUUAAUUCGAGUACAAUUAGUAUUCUUUUCAACACAGGUAGUAGUACUUUUUUUCCUCAAACUACGUAUCUCGUUGGAACAUUUCCGUACUCAGUGGCAGUAGCUGAUAUUAAUAGCGACAACAAACCUGAUAUUAUCGUUGCAAAUUCUGGCACGAACACGAUUAGUAUUCUUCUUAACAUGGGUGGUGGUACCUUUCAGAAUCAAAUUACUUACUCAACUGGCUCUAAUCCACAUUCAGUUGCCGUAGCCGAUGUAAAUUAUGACAAUAAACCUGAUAUUAUUGUCGCAAAUAGUGGUUCAAGCACUGUCAGCGUUCUCUUACAAUGUUAA